AUGAGACUGAGAGUACGCUAUCGGGAUCAGAAUCAAGUGAUAAACAAUCUUGAUGAAACGUCAACCGUUGGAGAGUUGAAGAAGGUCAUCCAUAACGAGUUUGGUAUUAGUCAGCGUGAACAGGAAUUAAAAUGCGGGUAUCCGCCACGCAUAUCCACAGCAUCAGAUGAAUCUAGUCUCGAAUCUGCCGGAAUAAGAAAUGGCGAAACAAUCAUAGUCGACAAAUUAGAACUUCCUCCCGAACCGGUUCUGACUCCUGUCGUAGAAGCGACCGUAAUCGAACCGCUUCCGGAUAUUUCCGCUCAAACAACAUCACGUGUAUUUCAAGCUACAUCUGUGCCCGAAGCAAAAGUCAAGGGUGAUUUAAUAACCGUGCAAACUCGUAAUGGUUACGCAAUGUUGCGGGAAAUGGAAGAUGAUAAUUCUUGUUUGUUUCGUGCAAUUGUUAUUGUCAAGAAAGUGCAAAGCGAUCCAGUGACAUAUAACGAUGCGUUUCUUGGCAUGUCGAAUGACGAGUAUUGUACCCGGAUUUCAGGCCCGAAUACUUGGGGUGGAGCUAUCGAACUCUCUAUCUUUUCGGAACAUUUCAAUGUUGAGAUUCUUAGUAUUGAUGUUGGGACUGGUCGAGUCGACAGAUAUGGGCAGAAUAAUGUAGCAUCUAAAGAUUGUGUGUAUAUAAUAUACUCUGGAAUACAUUACGAUGCAAUUGUUCUGACGCCCCUCGAGGAUGGAAGUGUGCAGGAUUUCGAUCAGACCGUAUUUGAUGUAAAUGACAUGACAAUGUGGAAAGCUGCAGAAAACAUUGCCAAGGCCAUGAAUAUGCUCCACAAGUAUACUUAUACGGCAACGUUUACCAUCAAAUGUAGAGAUUGCGGAGUAGGACUCAAAGGCGAAAAGGAAGCUGCUGAACACGCAAAAGGGACUGUGAGAGAGUACCUUGAGGAGCUGUGGGGAGCGCGCAUAAACAAAGAAUCACGCCCGCAAAAUCUGGGAAACGCGUUGAAUAUGCAUCAAGCCGGUUACCAAUUUCCUGCUCGAGUUGGCAAGUAUCAGACUUGGGAUGCUCCAGAAGCCAUUAUAUGUCCUAGUGCUAAUAUCGAUAGAGCUAUUAGUCAUUAUCUUGUUGCAAUAUGGACUGACUUCAUCAAGGACUUUCAAAAUGAUGGCAACGUCGUGGUAGUGUAUCAAAAGAUUGAAAACCCAACGCUGAUGAACAGUGGGGUAAAGAAGGGCAUACCUGGAUGUACACGCUGUUCGGUCGGAUUUAUAUGUGUUAAUGGUUCGGCUUGA